CAUCAUAGUCCUUUAAGGUUAUCCCCUCAUCAUUUUUAACAUUAUUAACUGCUGAAUCCAAUAACUUGACGCAGAAUUUCACUGCAAGUAUAUCUAUGGUUUCCAUGUUGCUGCAUAUAUGCAUGCAUUGAUGGAAGACGAACCUGAGAAAUAUCAGUCACACUUCAGCGUGUAUCUCAAAUCGGGUCUUGAGCCAGACAGUAUUGAGGAGAUGUACAAAAAGGUUCAUGUUGCCAUACGUGCAUACCCAAGCCCAAAGAAGUCUGGAAAACAGCCUCCUAAGCAGCACAAGAG